AUGCAGCAAGGCAGCAGCUGCAGCAGCAGCAGCAGCUCGUGCUGCAGCUGCAACGGUCCGCUGCUGCUGCAGCAGACGGCGCAGAAGCAGACCUCGGGAUUAGCGAGGAGCUUGUGGAGGCGAUGCAGUCGCUGGCGCGGCAGCUGUUGAACCAGCGGAAGAAGCGGAAGCCAGUGGGCUUCGUAACUCCUGCUGCUGCUGCUGCUGAGUUCCGCUGCACUUUGUCGCUGCCGCUGCACUCAGCAGCAGCAAGAGGAGUUUACCGGGUGACAGCAGACACAAAUGCUGCUCGCCACGCCGCAGUGUUCAGCAGCAGCGGGGAGGGAGGCGCAGCAGCAGCUGCUGCUGCGGGGGGCUCUCCCGCUGCUGCUGCUGCAGCAGCAGCGGGCGAAGGCGGCGCUGCAGCGGCGGGCGGCGUGGGCGGCGGCAGGGGAGAAGUCAUCAGCGUUUCCUCAGGAGCUGAUGGAGCUGUUGUCUUUUUUGAUUUAAAAAAUAAAAAACAAUUAGAAAAAGUCCAGGCCCACAGCAAAGCUUGUCGCUGCUUCCUGCUGCACCCGAAGGAGCCGCUGCUGGUCUCGGGCUCCGACGACAAGACCGUCAAGAUUUGGCGGGGGUCCUUGGACUUCAGGAGUUCCUACUCCUUGGGAGCGACUUUGCGCAAACAGCGCGGAGAAGUUUCAGCUCUUGCGCUGCACCCCCUGGGAGAUUAUUUUGCUGCUGUUGCUGCUGACAAGACUUGGGCCUUCAUUGGCUUCCAGGAGGGCCGCUACCUCGGGGUCUACAGGGACCUCCCUUGCCAGUACACGGCCGUGGGCUUCCACCCCGACGGCAUGAUCCUGGGGGCCGGAGGCAGCAACGGGAGUGUUUACAUUUGGGACUUGAAGGUGCAGGAGCAGCGCGCGGCGCUGCAGGGUCACUCCGACAAAAUAAGCCAACUGGCCUUUUCGGAAAACGGCUAUUACCUGGCCACGGCCAGCGCAGACGGCACCGUGCGUCUGUGGGACCUGCGGAAGUCCGCUGCGUUCCAGACGCUGCAGGUGGGCCCCGACAGCAGCAGCAAAGACCCCGUGACUGCAGCAGCAUUUGACAACUCGGGGCUUUUUGUUGCUGCAUGCACUUCUUCUGGGGCUGUCCACAUUUACAACUUCGAAAGCAGAGCGCAUGCAGCCCCAGUCGCCACUCUCCAGGGGCACACCGACGCCGUCAUGGACUGCGCAUUUGUAGAAGGCGAAAAAAUGAUCUUGACCGCCUCAAUGGACAAAACCGUCAAACUGUGGGAGCUGCCUGGUGACAACUAA